AUGUCUUCUAAAAGAACAACUAGAAGACAAAGUGAAUUUGAAGAAGAAGCUUCUAAAGCUGAAGCUAUGAGACGGAAAAAAGAGUCCCGGCCAUCGACCAGUCGAGAUUCUGUGGACGAAGACGACGAGAUUGGAUGGGAAUGUUCUGUUUGUACAUAUCGCAACAAAACAGAGUCAUUUAAGUGCGAGAUUUGUGAAGCUAGGUACGAUAAGGUUUCUGACACUUUGUUUUUUAAUUUUAAACAUCUUUUUUACUUACUUGGUUGUAGAAAAGGCACAUCUACACGGAAGCCAAGACUGAACAACUCAGUUGUACAACAACAGCAAACAUUGGUUCAGAAUCUAUCGGCUCCACAAGGACCAAUAGUAAAGUAGGUAUAUUUGAGCCAUUUUUGUUUCAUCGUUUAGGCGAACUAGGUUUUCUGACGGAAAAAGCAGAUUUUCUCCCGAAAGUACUGGUUCUGGCACUAAUAGUAGAGGUCUGUCAACGAGAUCGUCACCCAUUCCUGUCAGGUCGCACAAGAAACGGCAGAACAAGAAGGUGCUGAAGUUGUUGAUACCUUUUUCUGACGACUUAGUUGACAGAGAGGUGUUCACUCAACGAUCCAUUACUACCGGAGGCUUAACGUGUCAGAUUGUUGAGUUUAAAUUAAAAGAAAAACCUUCAAAGAAGAAGAAACGGGAGAAGAAGAAGUCGAAGAAGGAUGACGAUGACAGUUGA